AGAUUAUUACAAAGUGGAGUCAUCACCAUAAGAAUUAUUAAUACCCAAAAGGCUUAGGGCAUGAAAUAUUAUUACCAUUAAAACUAAACACUUUCUCUCCCCCUCAACGGGGCCGUCCUACUGAAAACGGCGUUAUCAUAAUUCCGUUAACUCACGGGGGCUUCUUCAAAAAGUAGUAUGAAGCUUGAGCGAUUGACCCUAAUUCCGUCUACCGACUCCGACGGCCGUCUGAACGGCGCCGAUGAUUCCAACAAAGUUCCGAGGCUUCCUCGUUGGACCAGACAAGAAAUUCUGGUUCUGAUACAGGGGAAAAAAGUUGCUGAAAACCGGAUCCGUCGAGGGCGAACCGGAGGUCUGGAAUUGGGUUCAGCACAGGUUGAACCCAAAUGGGCUUCUGUUUCUUCCUACUGUAAAAGACAUGGUGUGAACCGUGGACCGGUUCAAUGCCGGAAGAGAUGGAGUAAUUUGGCAGGAGAUUUUAAGAAGAUUAAAGAGUGGGAGUCUUUGAUUAAAGAAGAAACAGAGUCCUUUUGGGUCAUGAGGAAUGAUUUGAGGAGAGAGAAAAAAUUACCUGGAUUUUUUGAUAGAGAAGUGUAUGAUAUUCUUGAUCGUGGAAAUGGAAACGGAAAUGGCGAUGAAGAAGGAGGGUUGGUUUUGGCUUUGGGGUCAGAAGUUUUGUUUGAUAGUGGGAAAAGUGCUGCUGCUGCAGGGGAUGAUGGCUUGUUUUCAGAUUUUGAGCCAGAUGAAGCAGGCGCCACUCCCCAUAAACCAGUCAAUGACCCUCCUAUUCCUACUCCAAUUUCAGAGCAACAACAUCAACCACUCUCUCAAGUUUCUCCUACACAAGGUACAAGCCAACCUACCACCCGAGAACCCGAUAUAGGAAGCGGUCAGGAAGGAAGGAAAAGAAAGCAAAACGACUUAGAUGCAGAUGAUGAAGAAGCAAGGAAUGUGCAACAUCACUUAGUGAGAGCAUUGGAGAGGAAUGGCAAACUUGUGAGCUCCCAACUUGAAGCUCAGAAUAUGCAUUUUGAACAGGAUAGGGAGCAAAGAAAGGGCCAUGUCGAUAACUUAGUAGCAGUACUUACCAAGCUUGCAGAUGCUUUGGGAAGAAUUGCAGAUAAGUUAUAGUGCCCUGUUCAGUUAAUUACAAUGCAUAGCAUGUUGUCUUCAACCACAAGGCUGAAGUUCAGUUUUGGUUGGUUAAUUAGUAGUUGGAGAUAACAUUCUUCUUAGCUUUCAAAGGCUUAGUCUGGGCACAGCAGGUGUACAAAAGAAAUAGUAAUAAAUACAGAAUUUGGAGGGGCUGGCAUCUUUUUGUUUUUUCUUAAUUCUUGUUUAUACACAAGUAUCUCUUAUGUCACAAUUGUCCGACAGGUAGGAUUUUGUUUAUGAGCGUCCUUAUAUCUUAUCUGACUACUUGGGAUUGCUUGCUCGGUUUGCAGACAAAUUGUAUACAAAUUAUGAUAUCUCCAUUUUAGUUGGCAUUGUAUUAAUGAGGAUUUCCUUUAAUCUAUGGCAUCUAAUUUAAAGGGGUUUGGUUUUAAAUUGAA